AUUAGUUUCGAGUGUGUUGAGGUAAACGAAAAAAUGCGCCUUUGUCCAGUUGUCAUCUAUGCAUUUAUAAUCGUCAUCGGGUUUCUGGAGGGGAUUAUCGCCCUUGGCGGCGACGAUCGCAAUGAAAUCACAGUGGGUGCCAUUUUCUACGAGAACGAGAAGGAGAUCGAGCUCAGCUUCGAUCAGGCCUUUCGCGAGGUGAACAACAUGAAGUUCUCGGAGCUGCGAUUCGUGACCAUCAAGCGCUAUAUGCCCACCAACGACAGCUUCCUUCUGCAGCAGAUUACAUGUGAACUGAUUUCCAAUGGCGUUGCGGCUAUUUUCGGACCAAGUUCAAAGGCAGCCAGUGAUAUUGUUGCGCAAAUCGCGAACGCGACCGGCAUUCCACACAUUGAGUACGAUUUAAAGCUGGAGGCCACGCGCCAGGAGCAGCUCAACCACCAGAUGUCCGUCAAUGUGGCACCCUCCCUGUCCGUACUCUCGCGCGCCUACUUCGAGAUCAUCAAAUCCAACUACGAGUGGCGCACCUUCACCCUGAUCUAUGAGACUCCGGAGGGCCUGGCGCGCCUGCAGGAUCUGAUGAACAUCCAAGCGCUGAACAGUGACUAUGUCAAGCUGCGAAAUUUGGCGGACUAUGCGGAUGACUAUCGGAUAUUGUGGAAGGAGACAGACGAGACUUUCCACGAACAGCGCAUCAUCUUGGACUGUGAGCCGAAGACACUAAAGGAGCUGCUAAAAGUAUCCAUAGACUUUAAGUUGCAGGGUCCAUUUAGGAACUGGUUUCUCACCCAUCUGGACACGCACAACUCGGGUCUGAGGGAUAUUUAUAAUGAGGACUUCAAGGCCAACAUCACCUCGGUGCGAUUGAAAGUGGUGGACGCAAAUCCAUUCGAGAGAAAGAAGACCCGGCUGACCAAAGUGGAUCAAAUAUUGGGCAACCAAACCAUGUUGCCCAUUCUCAUCUACGACGCGGUCGUCCUGUUUGCCAGUUCUGCCCGAAAUGUUAUUGCUGCCAUGCAGCCCUUCCAUCCACCCAAUCGCCAUUGCGGCAGUCCGUCUCCUUGGAUGCUGGGUGCAUUUAUAGUCAACGAGAUGAAGACCAUUUCCGAGGAUGAUGUGGAACCGCACUUCAAGACCGAAAAUAUGAAGCUUGACGAGAAUGGGCAGCGCAUCCACUUCAACCUGGAGAUCUACAAGCCAACGGUGAACGAACCAAUGAUGGUCUGGACACCAGACAACGGGAUAAAGAAGCGUCGCCUCAACUUGGAACUGGAAAGUGCCGGCACCACCCAGGAUUUCUCGGAGCAGCGCAAGGUGUAUACAGUGGUUACUCACUACGAGGAGCCCUACUUCAUGAUGAAGGAGGAUCACGAGAACUUCAGAGGCAGGGAAAAGUACGAGGGCUAUGCCGUGGAUCUCAUUAGCAAGCUUUCCGAGCUCUUGGAGUUCGAUUACGAGUUCAUGAUCGUUAAUGGCAAUGGCAAAUACAAUCCGGAGACGAAGCAGUGGGAUGGAAUCAUCCGGAAACUGAUAGACCACCAUGCCCAAAUUGGCGUCUGCGAUCUGACCAUCACCCAAUUGCGACGUUCUGUGGUGGACUUCACGGUGCCCUUCAUGCAGUUGGGCAUUAGCAUUCUGCACUACAAGAGUCCUCCGGAGCCGAAGAACCAGUUUGCCUUCUUGGAACCGUUUGCCGUCGAGGUCUGGAUCUAUAUGAUCUUUGCCCAGUUGAUAAUGACUUUGGCUUUUGUUUUCAUCGCCAGACUUUCGUAUCGCGAAUGGUUGCCACCGAAUCCCGCCAUUCAGGAUCCGGAUGAGCUGGAGAAUAUAUGGAAUGUGAACAACUCGACCUGGCUGAUGGUGGGCUCCAUCAUGCAACAGGGCUGCGACAUUCUACCAAGAGGUCCACACAUGCGCAUACUCACUGGCAUGUGGUGGUUCUUCGCCCUGAUGAUGCUCAGUACCUACACGGCCAACUUGGCCGCCUUCCUGACCAGCAACAAGUGGCAGAGCAGCAUAAAGAGCCUGCAGGACCUCAUCGAACAGGACAAGGUGCACUUCGGUAGCAUGCGCGGUGGCAGCACCUCGUUGUUCUUCUCGGAGUCGAAUGACACGGAUUACCAGCGAGCCUGGAACCAGAUGAAGGACUUCAAUCCCUCGGCCUUCACCAGCACCAACAAGGAGGGAGUGGCACGUGUGCGCAAGGAGAAGGGCGGCUAUGCUUUCCUAAUGGAGACCACCAGUCUGACCUACAAUAUCGAACGGAACUGCGAUCUCACCCAGAUUGGCGAGCAGAUCGGGGAGAAGCACUACGGCCUGGCCGUGCCACUGGGCUCUGAUUACCGGACCAACCUCAGCGUUUCCAUUCUCCAGCUGAGCGAAAGGGGCGAGCUGCAGAAGAUGAAGAACAAGUGGUGGAAGAACCACAAUGUCACCUGUGACUCCUACCACGAGGUGGACGGUGACGAGCUGUCCAUUAUUGAGUUGGGCGGAGUGUUUCUUGUUCUCGCCGGUGGCGUUCUCAUCGGCGUCAUCCUGGGCAUCUUUGAGUUCCUGUGGAACGUGCAGAAUGUGGCAGUGGAGGAGCGAGUGACUCCGUGGCAGGCUUUCAAGGCGGAGCUCAUCUUUGCCCUGAAGUUCUGGGUUCGCAAGAAGCCGAUGCGCAUCUCCAGCAGCAGCGACAAGUCGUCCUCCAGGCGAUCAUCCGGUUCCAGGCGCAGCUCCAAGGAAAAGUCCCGCAGCAAGACGGUCAGCUAGGUGGUCGGGAAAUUGGACGAUUGACGUCUUCUACUUUGGCAUUUCAUUAGAGAGUCGCAUUGGAAAUGAGGCACUCCAUGGUGUCCACAUAUAUUGUGAGCUAUAUUUGUAGAAUUAUUUUAGAACACAGAAAGCGCAUUUUGGGUAUAUUGAAUGUUCUGGAGAUUUUACGAAACUUUCAAUGAAAUAAUUUGGAUAAUUAAUUUUAGUAAACUUUUCUGUUGGCUCUAAU